AUGGAGCAUGUAUCAACUCUCUGUGCAAUUAGCACCGUCGGUAUCGCACCGACUGGCUUCGCCUUCGGUCGCGUGAAUCGAAGCUCCUCUCGGCCAGGCCGAUUCCGGAAAAAGACCCUCCAGCUGCAUGAUCAAUGUGCGACAUCGACAGAUAGCAACAUAUCCCCGCCAGAUAUAAACGCAGCUCCUACGAGAUACUUUGCAACAGCGACAGCGGACUCUCCUGUGGCAAGCUUUCCGCACGUUUGUGAAGAUGAUGUACCUCAGGUUCAGCUAGGAGAAGUGAAGGCGAAUAGGAAGCCGUCAUUCGCAGCUGUAAGACUGCGUCGUCGUGGGCAAACUUUGACUGGCCCGCCAAGAUCGGUCUUUGGGAACUCAUCAGUUGCCUCGCCCGUCCGCAGGCCCUCUUCUUCCUGGAUGCGACGGCUAUCCUUUCAACCGGAGAAGCGCAGUUCAUUCCAAAUUCCUGCUUCUCCUUCGUCCAACGGACCAGAUAGUCCGACGGGCCCUCAUAUCCAACGCCGGCCCAACAAGCUAGUCAAACGACCACCUUCCCAGAAUGUCAACGCUUCGUCCCUAUUCGAGAACGCACCUUCCUCUCCCAAUACCUCCCGGGUCAUUUGCAGACCAGUCACCAGUUACCAGAGACCAGAGGCUUUGGGGCAUAAAGCGACCCACAGUCUGAACUUUGAGCCUAGUAUGGCCUUCGUUCCUCCACCAAAACGAACCGAUAUGCCCACUUUGGGAGAUGAUGUUGUUUGGCACCCAUAUAUAGGUGCCAGCCCCGAAGGAGUAUCGGAGAGACUAGCUCGUAGAUUCUCCACCGCAGCGAAACCUAAGGAUCAAGGGUUGCGAAGAAUCGUGCCUAAUCCAGAUGCCGCUCCAGCGCUUCUUCUGGCUACUGCUAUCUCAAACAAGCAUCCUGCAGGUCAGGGUUGCGUGGGUGAAUCUCCUCCUGCCUCAUUGGUUCAGUUUCGAAACCCGUUUGGACCUAGCGUCGUUUCCCAGCAACAACCAGAGUUGUCCUUGCCGCCACACAAAAAUGAUUUUCAGACCUCAUCUUCUGACGACGCGGAGCCCAGACGCCCAGUAACGAGCACAAGCUGCGCGGAUGUUGAGCAGUUCCACAAUGGCUCCUUAUUCCACACAAAAAGGAGGGCAAUCUCAACGCCAUUUCCCACUCUGACAAAGUCGACAGGAACACUUUUGACCUCGUCUCGGGCACAUAGUAGACGAAACAUUACUGAUCCAACUAUCUUUCGUCACUCUCCAACCGCCUCUCAAGCAGGUGUUUCUCAUCCAAUGGCAUCGGAAUUGGUAGGACCACGACGCAAAGGCUUUGCUUCUUGCGAUCAAGACUACAAAGUAGAAAUGUCUCAUCUCCGAAACAUUGCGUCGCAUGCAUUCACUUCAGAUAUAAUACCUCUAUCCAGAAUCCAAGGCACAUCCCGCCAGCGACCCAAACGCCACUCGAUUGCUGCAUCCGAUCCAGCCUCCACUGUUAUAGGCUCUGAUGAUACUCAUAUCUUCACCUCCGGCGAGGAGGACGAGACGGAGUUCCUAAGCGACACUGCUUUCGACUCCAUCCGUACACAUGUCACGAUCAGCAGUAACUCUGGGCCUUACACCUCUCGACUUCAGUCAAUUUUCAACGAAGAUUUCCCCUCGAUUAUAACGGAGAAGUCUCCCGAAAUCACAACUCUUGAUCAUCGUAGGUCUCUCGCUUCUCAUUCACCGGGAAUAUACAACUCCGAUUCGGACAUGGAUGCAACUUCUAUUUCUAUGUCGAUUCCAAUUGCUGAUGAAGCUUCAGGCACUUACAAGAAUAACAGCGUCAUGUCUUUUCCGUCUGACUUGACAAAGAAUAAGAACUCCCGGAGUUUGCCUACUGAAUUGCCUGGUGGGGAUGGCCUGCCCACACAAACACGAUCUUUGACAACGUCGUCGAAGGACCAGGGUGAUGGCCAUGGAAAUGAAGUAUUUCUCUUUCACAAGCCAAUAUCAUCUCACGAGCCAAGACAAUCAAUUGGGCACGAUUCUCACUGCUUUGCCGACGAGACACUUGAUUCAUUUCCCAAAAUGAAUAUUUUCGACUGGUCAGAACAGCCAAAGAACGACCGUGAAGCCUCUGGUCCCGAUGGGCGACCCCGAACUGUUCAUGGGAAGCAUGCGCUUGACGUCCGUGGCAGCCGUGCAGCCGGGCGCAAAGCUCCAAGUACUUUGCACCUUCGUAGUCAAAGCGUCCCCGUGACCAGGGAUGCUCCGGCCGUCAAUGAACAGCGUCAGACCUCGGGAAAGUUCGGUACAUGGGGCCUUGGAAGCAAGGGUGUCAGUGAAGAUUGGGAAAGUGACUUCGAUUUUGAAGACGCGGACGAGAACAUAACCAGCGAGAAUAUAAAACCGAGCAAGAAGAGCGUUCCGUGCCGGGGAAUGAUAGUUCCACAGGCCAUAAUGGAACGCCAAGCAAGUCUUCAUGGCCAGUUUGGACAAGUUCAAGAACUGACUUUACUUGUUGAGGAGCUCAGGCGUCUUCGGCAUCAGGGCAGCUUUUUAAACAUUGUUCGUGGGCCUUCGAGCGAACUCUGGAAAGAAGCGGAAGGUAUAGUGAAUUUGGCCACACUCGAUGACGAUGACCGAAACCAUUCGCCCCCUGGGUCCCCUUCUUCCCUGACUUUCAGUUUUGAAGAAUCAGAGGGUGAUUCCAACACAAAUGAUCCUUGGAGACGAGCAAGUGGGGGAUCCUGGGGGAUAUCACUCUCAGAGCAUUCGAGCUCCCGCCCUACUACGUCCCCCAGCCAGGAAGCCCCUAUCAAACCGAAUUCCGUUCUGGAUCUGAUCUAUCAGCAACGUGACUCUGGCGACUCCACUUUCACGGACCCUCACCUUCCACGCCCAAAGAAACUUCCCUUCGACACACAGUCUCUCCAUGACCUAGUUGUUCGUGCAGGCGUCGUCACCCGUGCUUUGAAAGAUGUAAUCCGCAAAGCUGAAGGUGUCACAAUAGAACCCAAAGAGACCAUCCAUCUUUCAGAUCCGCCAUUUAGUCGGAUCUUCGACCUGUGUUCUCAUAAUGAUACAAGUAUCGAGGCUAGCACUGAAUAA